GACUCCGCUCCUCCAGACUGGCGGCGUGUGUCGACUCCUUAAUCCGCCGUGUGAACCGGGAUGCUGGGGGAGAUCCGUGAGGCGGUGGGCUCCUGUUCACGGUCCUCUCACCAGCGGGAAAUGAAUGUUGACUACCUCUCGUAAACACCUUCCACCCUGCUCGGCGGUACCCGCGCAUGAGAGCGACUCCUCCGCUGAUAUUUCACCCGUUUUCUGUGAGUCUUCAACGGCGGCAGCAGCAGCGGCAGCAGCAGCAGCAGCGGGGGGAGCAGAACUAACGGCCGCGUUGACAGGUGCCGUCUCCCGGCUCUGCGCGGAGAGAUGCCGCCCGUCCAGAGAACCGUGUCGGAUCUCCGCACCCGGUCUGAAGGAUAUGAAAAGACCGAGGACACAUCAGAAAAGACGUCCUUAGCUGACCAAGAAGAUGCCCGAAUGAUAUACCUCAACCAGCCGCAGUUCACCAAGUUUUGCUGCAAUCGAGUCAGCACGGCAAAAUACAAUGUCCUGACCUUCCUUCCCCGGUUCCUCUACUCACAGUUCAGGAGGGCAGCCAACGCCUUCUUUCUCUUCAUUGCACUCUUGCAGCAAAUCCCAGAUGUGUCUCCCACUGGUCGAUGGACCACACUAGUGCCACUGCUCUUCAUCCUGGUGGUGGCUGCUGUCAAGGAGAUCAUUGAGGAUCUGAAACGUCACAUUGCUGACAAUGUUGUCAACAAAAAGGAAUGUCAAGUUUUAAGGAAUGGUGCCUGGGAAAUUGUGCACUGGGAAAAGGUUGAUGUUGGCGAUGUUAUUAAAGUAAAUGGCAGUGAUUUCGUGCCUGCGGAUGCUGUCAUUUUAUCGUCCAGUGAACCACAGGGAAUGUGCUACAUAGAAACAUCUAACUUGGAUGGAGAAACAAACCUAAAAAUCCGACAGGGUCUCCAAAUGACUGCAGAAAUAAAGGACAUCGACAGCCUGAUGCGUCUGUCUGGACGGAUGGAGUGCGAGAGCCCGAACCGUCAUCUCUAUGAGUUUGUUGGAAACCUGCGGCUGGACAGACACAGCACAAUGCCACUGAGUCCAGACCAGAUCUUACUGAGGGGAGCGCAGCUGAGGAACACCCAGUGGAUCCACGGUGUGGUGGUUUACACUGGACAUGACACAAAGCUCAUGCAGAAUUCCACUCGGCCUCCUUUGAAGCUCUCCAACGUCGAACGCAUCACCAACUUUCAGAUCCUCGUGCUGUUUGGCUGGCUGCUCGCCAUCUCUCUGAUCUGCUCCAUCGGCCAAACCAUCUGGAAGUACCAGUAUGGCAAUGAUGCCUGGUACAUGGAUCUCAACUAUGGUGGGGCGGCUAACUUUGGCCUGAACUUUCUCACCUUCAUCAUCCUGUUCAACAACCUGAUCCCCAUCAGUCUCCUGGUCACACUGGAGGUCAUCAAGUUCAUCCAGGCCUUUUUCAUCAACUGGGACACUGAUAUGCUCUAUGAGCCCACAAACACACCUGCCAUGGCUCGCACCUCAAAUCUGAAUGAAGAAUUAGGCCAGGUGAAGUACAUCUUCUCUGACAAGACAGGGACGCUGACCUGCAAUGUCAUGCAGUUCAAGAAGUGCACCAUUGCGGGCGUGGCCUAUGGUCACGUCCCUGAGGCAGAGGAGGGUAGUUUUGCGGAGGACGACUGUCACAGCACAGAGUCGUCAGAGGAGGCUGGAUUUAAUGACUCGAGUCUACUGGAAAACCUCCAAAGUAAUCACCCUACAGCUUCUGUCAUCAUGGAGUUCAUGACCAUGAUGGCCAUCUGUCACACUGCAGUCCCCGAGCGCACGGAUGGAAAAAUCACCUACCAGGCUGCGUCUCCAGAUGAAAGUGCUCUGGUGAAAGCGGCGCAGACCCUCGGCUUUGUGUUUUCUGGCCGAACCCCAGACACCGUCAUCGGGGAAAUGCUCGGAACGGAAGAGAGAUACGAGCUGCUUCAUGUGCUGGAGUUUACGAGUGUGAGGAAGAGGAUGUCCGUCAUCAUGCGCACCGCGUCUGGGAAGAUCCGCCUUUACUGCAAAGGAGCUGACACGGUGAUCUACGACCGACUGGCAGACAGCUCCAGGUACAAAGAGAUCACAUUGAAGCACCUGGAACAGUUUGCCACUGAGGGGCUUCGCACUCUCUGCUUCGCGGUGGCUGACAUCAGUGAGUCAACCUAUCAGAAUUGGCUGGAGAUCCACCAAAGAGCCUGCACCUCCCUGCAGAACAGAGCCCUCAAAAUGGAAGAGAGCUACGAACUGAUAGAGAAGAACCUGCAGCUCCUGGGAGCCACGGCGAUCGAGGACAAGCUUCAGGAUAAAGUGCCCGAGACUAUAGAGACUCUGAUGAAGGCUGACAUCAAGAUCUGGAUCCUGACUGGGGACAAACAGGAAACAGCCAUCAAUAUCGGACAUUCCUGCAAGCUGCUGACCAAGAACAUGGGAAUGCUUGUGAUCAACGAAGACACUCUUGAUGGAACAAGGGAACUACUCAGCCACCACUGUGGGAUGCUGGGAGAUGCCCUCUACAAGGAAAACGACUUUGCUCUCAUUAUUGAUGGGAAGACGCUGAAAUACGCCCUUUCGUUCGGAGUGCAGCAGUACUUCCUGGACCUCGCCCUCUCCUGUAAAGCUGUCAUAUGCUGCAGGGUAUCUCCUCUUCAGAAGUCAGAGGUGGUGGAGAUGGUCAAGAAAAAGGUAAAGGUGAUCACGCUGGCCAUUGGUGACGGUGCUAACGACGUGGGAAUGAUCCAGACAGCUCACGUCGGCGUGGGAAUCUCAGGCAACGAAGGUCUGCAGGCGGCAAAUUCCUCCGACUACUCCAUCGCCCAGUUCAAAUACUUGAAGAAUCUGCUGCUCGUCCACGGAGCCUGGAAUUACAACCGCGUAGCCAAGUGUAUCCUGUACUGCUUCUACAAGAACAUCGUCCUCUAUAUCAUCGAGAUCUGGUUCGCGUUUGUCAAUGGCUUCUCGGGUCAGAUUCUUUUCGAGCGCUGGUGCAUCGGCUUGUACAACGUGCUCUUCACUGCUCUGCCUCCUCUCACACUGGGCAUAUUUGAGCGCUCCUGCAGGAAAGAGAACAUGCUGAAAUACCCAGAACUCUACAAAACCUCCCAGAAUGCCAUGGGUUUUAAUACCAAGGUCUUCUGGGCCCAUUGUCUGAACGGCCUCUUCCACUCCGUCAUUCUCUUCUGGUUCCCCCUUAAAGCCUUCGAGCAUGAUACAGUUUUUGGCAGCGGACAAACUCCCGACUAUCUCCUCUUAGGCAACAUGGUUUACACAUAUGUGGUUAUCACAGUUUGUCUUAAAGCUGGCCUUGAGACCUCAUCCUGGACCAUGUUCAGUCACAUCGCCAUCUGGGGAAGCAUCGGCCUGUGGGUGGUGUUUUUCAUUAUCUACUCGUCCCUGUGGCCUCUCAUUCCUCUGGCUCCCGACAUGUCAGGCGAGGCGAGCACGAUGUUCAGUUCUGGCGUCUUCUGGAUGGGCCUGUUCUUCAUCCCGGUCACCUCGCUGGCCUUUGACGUGGCCUACAAAGUGGUGAAGAAAGUGUGCUUCAAGACUCUGGUGGAUGAGGUGCAGGAGCUCGAGGCUUUAUCCAAAGAUCCUGGAGCUGUGGUGCAUGGAAAGAGUUUGACGGAGAGGGCCCAGCUCCUGAAGAACGUCUUUAAGAAGAGCACAGUCAGUCUGUACCGGUCCGACUCCAUGCAGCAGAACCUGCUCCGUGGGGAUGAGACCGUUGUUCUGUGAUACUUUUUUCCAUUAUUCAAACCUCACCCCUUUGUUUAAAAUCUCCCUUCCCCCCCGUAGCUCACAGAUAGACGCCUCUCUCUCCUCUGUUUGUUUCCUCUGUCCACUUCCUGUCCCUCCACUCGUGUGCCCUGAGUUGAGUUCAGUACAGCCAGAUAACGGUGAAAUGAUGAAAUGUUAUUCCCCCACAAUGCACCCGUCUCAGCGGGGUCCUCUGAACUCACCUGCUGGCCUCCAGGUACUGACAGAGUCAUUUGACACCUGAAGGUGAGUCAGGGGUCAAAGGUCAGAGAGGAACCCAGUGUGAGAGUUUAGAAGAUAGAUCCUAGGGCAGUGUGAUCAUCUGUUGUUUAGCUUCAUUUUUUGUAUUAUUUCCUUUAUUUCCUUUAUUUUAGAAAGGAAAAAAAAAAGAAAAACAUUUUGGUAAAAUUGCUUAUUUGUUUUCUAUCACUAUAUUAGAGGACUGACACAUUCCCCAAAGUUCUUUGCACGGAGCUUUCUCAGUAGUCUGUGUUUUUUUUUUAGCAUAAAGGUUACAGUCACGUCAAUGAGCUAAAUGUCUUCUUUCUGGGGGAUCAAUCAAUACAAACAUCUGAAACGGCUUCUUCCUGUAAACAGAUGGUAACUCGUGGCUAACGGCACAGGAAACUGUCACAACCUGGGAAAUGAUUUGAUUUUUGUUUUUACAGUACAGUGGACCCACAUUUCUUACGUUUUCAUCCAGAUGUUUAGACGCGUUUACUCGAUGUUGUUAAACGACCAUCUGGGUUUUUUCUCGUUCCGAUAUUUAUCUCUCAGAGAAACAGAUGCUUAGCUCACUGGGUUGAAUGUCCACAAGAGAGGAGCCAACUGGGAUCAGCUAAAGCUAGCAGCUAGUUAGCUUAGCUUAGCAUGAAGACGUGAAACAAAAGGAAUAAAUAAUCAGACACACUAACACACACACAACUUCAACCAUGAAUUGUUGUGUGUAUUAAAACUAAAUGCAUUGUGGUAAGUGCUGAGCUUUCCAGGUGCAUGUUGGCAGAAUUUUGUCCCUUUGGAUAGAGCCAAUUAGCUUAGCUUAGCAUAAAGAGGAGAAACUUGAUCCUGCCCACUUCUAAAGCUCAGUUUGUUUUGUUCAUUGAAUACAAAGCCCAAUUGUAGAAGUAUUAUAGUUUUAUUAUGGAGACUUGUAUUAUAUUCAAAAUAGAAUACGUCAAACAAAUAAGCGUAUUUACCAAAAAUGUUUAACCGAUAAGUCAUUUGUUUUUGUUAAUUAUUUAUUUUUAAUUAAGUUGUUUUGAUGAUGUUUUUAUACUUUUAAUUUAGCUCAUCACUGAUCUGAAUUACCAUUGGUUGUAACUGCUCCGAACCUUUUUCCAGAUGGCUACGCCUUCUCUCAAGAUGAGAACGGGGUGGUGUCUCAGUCGGAGGUCAUCAGAGCGUACGACACCACCAAGCAGAGGACCAACGAGUGGUGAGCCGCCGGCCUCCUCGUUCCCGGCUGGCCGAUCCAGAGCCACCACAAGCUGUUUGUAGUGGGAGAAGCCGAGGUGCGAGCAUGUGCCCCCCCCUCACAACAGUGACGGGGGGGUGGGGAUUUUGGACAUGAUCACGAAAAGGACGGAGGAAAGUGACAUUGGGUAAUCUCUGAAAAAAGGGGAGAGAGGAAAAAAAAAAAAAAGGAACAAAACAAACCGUGUUCACUAUCAGCUGUAGUUGUGUGUCCAGCAGACAUGAUGAGCACUGUGCUUUCUUCGCAGUCCGUGGUCUUUUCACUGUUCUCAGCUCAGUUCGUCGGACAGAACGUGUCCUAACUAUUGAUUUAAGGACGCUCGCCGGCACGGAGCUCAAAAUCGUUGUAUUGAAUCCAAUCAAACUCCUCAAACACUGUUAUUAUAAAAGUUUAAACACUGGACGAUGAUUAGCUUCUAGAGGUUUUGAACUUGUGACAGAUUGCCAAAGAGCAGUCGUACAUACAAUCUAUCCAAGUACUAGUGAAUUCGGAAAACUCUAAACCAAAUGUAAUUACACUGCUGAGUGUAUUCCAGCACUGAACCGACCACUUCAGAGCAGAUAUGUAAUAAUUUAAUUUUCUGUUUUGCACUUAAGGAAGCAUCUCUUGUGUAAAGCCUUACAUUUGCUCAUGCCUUCAUCUUUAUUUGUUGUAAACCAGAUUGUUUUCUUGUUCUUGUUUUUAUAGUAUGUUAGAUAUUGUGCCUGGUGUUGUUUAUUUUCAUUUUAAGUUUUAGGAAGUUGCCUCCAGCAGCUCACUGUAGUCCUGUUUCCACCGUUGUUACAGCAGAAGCAUUGCUCUCGACGAAUAACGGCAUUCCACACAUCACUUCCUGUCUCAACGAUCACGACGGUGCCUACGUAGAAACCUUUCCCUCUUUAGAAGAAAAUCGAUAGCCAAGAAUAGUUUAACCAGCUAGCUUAGAGCCGUGCUGCACACACACCUACUGAAGACAAAAUCACUGUCCCCCCCCCACCCCCCACCACAGUGUUGCACUCGCACAGUGUGAAAGCUGCGGUCUUGUGUCGCGUGGCACAUGUGAACCUGGAGAAACGUCCCUGCGGAGGUGAGCGGGCGAUGAGGCUCUCGUUGAAGCUGAAGGUGGUGCCAGUGUUUUCCCUUAAAAUGGAGAUUUUAUCCUUAUAACAUAAGUGCCAUUAGCUUAAGGGAGAGAGAAAUAUUAGCCAGAAAAACUCCACAACAUUAUCAAAACUACUUUGUCUCUAUAGUUAUUUUGUGGAUUUGUAUUUUUAUAUUGGAGAUGUAUGACUUUUGCAUUGACCGGCUUUGUAACGACUCGUCUGUAACUUUUUUGUUUCUUCUGAUAAACUGGCAGGAUAGAAUAGAUCGGAUGAGACGACUGAGCUUUCUUAAAUGUCUUGUUGUUAUUGAUAUUAAUAUUGUUAUCGCUUGAUUUAUUUAUGAUUGACUCUCUAAUGUCUGUGCGGUUGCGUUCUUCUCCCUAUGGGAGAUCAGAUUUCAGACAGUGCGAGUGUGUGCGUCAGUUUAUUGCCUGCAUGUGCACGUGCUGUGUGUGUGUGUGUGUGUGUGUGUGUGUGUCUGCGUAAGUGCGUCGCCUCGACAGAGGACAUCUUCUAUGUAUGCACUGCAUGUCUGUAUCCUCCACGUGAGAGCGGGGGAUCACUUUUCCUGGUGGGUUUCUUUUAAUGUUUUGUGUGUGUGUGUGUUUGUGUGCAUCAGUGUGUAUGACAGAGACGCUUGCUUGUCUGUCUGCACGACUCCAGGUAUAGCUAUGGUGUUCUACUGUGUGCUGGUGCAUGGCUCGUAUGGGACGGUGUGAGUGUCCGUGUGUGUUAUGAAUGAGCGUGUGUGUGUGUUUUUGUGAGUCAGACUCUCGACUGUGAGUUUUUUGAUGUUCAGCCCUGCUUUGACAGGAGAUGUUGCACAAUACACUCAAUGUACCCUUCCAGUCGUGGACAUCUGGAGUUCUCUGGUUGCGGUAAAUGAUUUCUCUUGAGUGUUACUUGACAGGAAAGCUUGUUUGUGUGUCUCAGUUUAUUGAGGGUUAAUGGUUUCUUUUUUCUCCCUCUGCUGAUCUUUAAUGUUAAAACUUUUAAUCGGUCGUCAUCUUGUCGAAACUUUCCAAACCGCUGAAUGUGGAUGUUGUCGUUGUGGAAGGCUUGGACUGUCGCUUACUUUUUCCCAGAAAACAUAAAACACACACGUUGUUGUCUGUGAAAGUCGUGGGCUGCAUGAAUGGAAAACACAAGCUGUUCUCUGACGUGUUAAAUGUACUUUUAAUUCUUUCUCGAGUGUUGAUCACUUUACAAAAGAGGAAAAAACUGCACCUUUUAUUAUUUUCAAUAUUCUUUUCUGUUAUUUUGUUCAAUGAUUGUUCUGCAUGUUGGGACUGCAAACUUAUAAGUGUUGUCUUUUACUGCCAUGAAGGACUACUGAAAUAAACUUUACAACGAUGGAGGAA